AUGAUUGCACAUGAUAAAAUUCCGCGUGUGUCUCCGCCCCCUGCUGUUCGAGUGCCUACGCUGGAGCCAUCCACACCCUCCUUUAUCACUACCGGCAUGCUGCGAAGUAAUCUACAUGAGAAACAGAUACAUGUUUCCACACUAAGCGAUCACUAUAAACCGUUACAAGUGAAUUCUGCACGGCGUCCAAGUUUUCACAGAGAUCCAUUUGAAAAAACAGAUGCCACCAUCAUAGAUAGUGUUCACAUUGAACAAGUUAUGGAUGAUAUCGCUGACUCGCAUACAGUUCCUCAUACUACUACUUCCACUGCACCAUUUUCUAUUCUUCCUACAACUUCUCCCACGGCAACUGUUACUGUGGAAGAUUUCACUCAGACUUCAUCACUUUACCAACCCAUGACAACAUUCUCACAUAAAAAAACAUCCGAUUCACAAACACAAUGGAGUCCCUCUACAACCUCAAAAACUCCUGUGGUUCGUCCAGCAUUAUCAUCUACAGCAAGAUCUCGUCGUGAUGUCACACCAACACGUCCUGCGUGGAAUCAAAACUGUCCCACUCCCCGUGCGAAGCCCACUGUGAGCACACCGCAGACAGAGCCACGUCGUUUAACUCGCGAGAAAAGUGUGGAGGCUCGCAGCCGUCCAUGGCGUGAGAGUGUGGUGCGAACAAACAGUACAAGAAGUAAACUGAACACGGAGAUUGGGAGUAAGAUUAACAGUACCACAUCCAUGUCUAUUCCUCAACCAUCCAGAGUGGAUCCAACUUCAGCCAGAAAAACAUCUCCUGUGGGAGUGACAACUUCAAUCAGGAAUAAUAUGGCUCGCACAACAAAAGAUUCAGCUACACAGAAAGAUAAAAUUACGCUUCAAGCACGAUUAGAUUUUCUUGAAAAAUCACUUCAGGAUGCUCAAGAACGAGCUAUACGAGCAGAAGCACGAUGUGAAGAACUGGAUAUCUCACUUCAAACUCUCAUGCAACAACAUCGUGAUUCCACAUCAAGAUUAGAAGAGCGUAAUGUGCAACUCCAUGCUCAGGUUCAGUAUAUGAUGCAGUGGAUGCAAGACAUGGAUGCAAAAAGAGUCACUCGAAAUACCGUUUCUACGAAUCUUCUGGAAAAAGAGGAAAAAUAUAAUGAUAAUGAUAAUGAAAAAGGAGAAGACGAAGAUGAUGAUGAUGAGGAAGAAAAAAAUCAGAUUUUAACUACCCCAGAAGUAUUGCGUACUCUUUCUACUAGUGACGAUUUGAUUCACUCCUCUUCACGCAUGUUUAUGCGUCUGAACUCUGAGGGUGUAGAAAGACGUGAGAUGCCUGUAAGGAGCACAGCAGUGCGUGUUCCUCCCAGUCCCCCCAUGAUGCUUCAGCUUCAACGACAAUAA